CCUGCCCGCUGCUCCCCAGCUCCAGCAGCGAACAUCCUGCUCUGCUGUGUGUGCUUACAGCGUCAAAGGGUGGACGUGAUAUUUCAAACAUCAGAUCAGUGCGUUUAUAUAUUGGGUGCCCGGAAAUUUUUCCAAAUAAACACAGCUUGAUUCGACUUGGGUGGGCAGACUUAUCAACAGACUAAUUCUAUAAACAAAUGAAGGAAUAACCCGGAGACCAUUGGCUGGUACCAGCGAGACACGUGGAGAGAGCUCGGAGUUUUGUAGCAAUGAAAUUUUAAUUAAUGUGGGUGGGCUGAGAACACAAACGACUGUUUAUCAGAGACAAUUUAUUUUCCAGCGCUAAGUCAACAUAUAAUAGCAAACUUACAACAAUUAUUUAACUUUUUUUUUUCUCCUCCUUUUUUUUUUUCUUUUUUUUUUUUUUUUUAAGAGCUAUGAAGCAGGGACAGAGGCAGAGCGAGCUCCUUCAGGCAGGGCUGGGAGCUGAGCUCGCACAAACAGCUCCCCGGUGGACUCGUCCCACGUUCCUGCCCGGCCCCGUCCCUUCGCUCGGCUCCGAGGGGGAAGACGCGGAGCUGCGAUGAGCCACCUCUACGGCAGCCACCUCUCCCCCCUGGGCAGCCCGUCCAUGGUUUACCUGCCCGCCGCGCUCGGCUUCACCCCCGGGGGGGCGAUAUCCCGCCAGGACCCCCCUCAGAAACCCCCCUACAGCUACAUCGCCCUCAUCGCCAUGGCCAUCAAAGAGGCUCCGGAGCAGAAGGUGACCCUGAGCGGCAUCUACCAGUUCAUCAUGGACCGCUUCCCUUUCUACCACGACAACAAGCAGGGCUGGCAGAACAGCAUCCGCCACAACCUCUCGCUCAACGACUGCUUCGUCAAGGUGCCCCGCGAGAAGGGCCGGCCGGGCAAGGGCAGCUACUGGACGCUGGACCCGCGCUGCCUGGACAUGUUCGAGAACGGCAACUACCGCCGCAGGAAGAGGAAGCCCAAAGCCGCGGCCCCGCCGGACAGCAAGGCUGCCGAGCAGCCCGGCCCGCCCGCCCGCCCCGUCGAGCCCAAGCGGCCCAAGGGGGACGCGGGGAUGCCGCGGCCGGGCGGGGGGACGGCGGCUUCUCCCGGGGGGCCGCCCCCGGUGCCCCCCGCUGCCGCCCCGCCGCACAAGAGCGGCUCCCGGGGCCGCAGCUUCAGCAUCGAGAGCAUCCUGGCGCAGGGGCUGCGGCCGCCGCCGCCCGGGGCAGCCCCCAAGGCGGCCCGGGAGAGCCCCGCCGGCUGCCUGGGCGGCUCGCUGGUGGCCGGCGGCGCCUUCGGGCCGGCGCUCAACGCCUCGCUGAUGCUCGACUCCCAGGUGCACGGGAGGCUUUACCACAUCGGCAUCCCCUUCCUCUCCUGCUUCCCCCUGCACUUCUCCGAGGCGGUGUUUAAUUUCCAGUAGCCGCCCCCGUAAUUAACGCGCAGCCCCGGCACCGAGCGCUGCUGCGGGGGGCGCGGUGGGAGGGAGAGAUCGGACUCGGAGCUCGCCACGCGGGUAAAGACCUAAAAAAAACCCCAAAAAACCAAC